GAACAUCUAAAGCGUCAUUGAGACCCUUUUUCCCCAUAAACGCCCAGGAAGAAGGACUCUUCCCCACUUGCUAUGAUAUUAUUUCUAUCCAAAUUGAAAUUAAUAAGCGAGAAAAUCAACAAAGCAUAACAAUAAGCAAGUAUAUUAACAGUAGAAGUUUUGGAUUUGAUAAACCCACGACCAUCAAAUGAAUCUAGAAUCAAUGUUAUUAAUGGUUCAAGCUUAAUAUAGGGGUCGUUUGCUUCAAGGAUUUGGUACAUGGAUUUGGUACCAAAAAACCAACUAUCAAGGAUUUAGGUACAAUCCGUUGUUUGCUUGCACCUUGGAGACCAAAUCCGUGGGGCCCACGGAUUUUAAGGGUCCAAAUCCGUGGACCCCACGGACUUAUAAAUUCCACAUGUUGAUGUGGGAUUUGGAAUAUGGCAUAAAUCCUUGAUGAGAUUUUACCCAUAUACCCUCAUGCACUUUUAAUAUUCCAAGGUUGCCCUCAAAUUUAACUAUUAUACAUUAUAAUUAACAAUAAAUGAAUAAUAUAAACUUUCAACUAAUGUGCAAACAUGAGUUUGAUUUUUUAUAUCAUUCCUUGUGUUCUAGUUUUCUUUGACCUUUUCAUGGAACGUGUAAUUCUUUGUUCUCCCGAUUCUAAUAUAUGUUGUUAUAUGUUACUUUUGAAAAGGAGGACAAAGAAUUGGUAAUUGAUUAUGUUACGUUAAAAGUUAAAACGGAAUUUUCUCGUUUAUUAUUAUUGUCCAUGUGGCAACAUUAUGCUUAUUAGUAUGUAUUGUCCUUGUUUUGUGUACAUAUCAUAAACAUGUCAAACAUAUAGAAAAUGAUAGUAAGGUAAUUUUGAAGUUUUGUCCUUGUUUUGUGUACAUAUCAUAAACAUGUUAAACAUAUAGAAAAGGGCAGUAAUGUAAUUUUUGACUUCAAGUAGUAAAUCUCACACCUUUAAAUCCAUGAUAAAAACAUCCCAACAAACAAAGGAUUGUUACAAAUCCAUGAUGCCUCAAAUCCUUGAUAAAUCCUUGGGUUUUUAAAUUACAAAACCCUCAUUUUUAAAUCCAUGAAACAAACGACCCCAUAGUUUACCUCGUGUCCUUUGAACAACCAAAUAUACAUAACACCAAAGAAUUGAAACAAAAAAACAAUGCAUUUUACCCUAUCCCCUCUCCAGCCAAAAGGUAAGCAUAUCUUCACAUUAAGGAAUUCUCUGAGUUGAAAAUCCAUGAUUUGCAAAACAUGAAAACAGAAGACAACAUCAUCAAUCAAGUAAAUUUGUAGGAAAUAAUUAUCAAAUAACUUCAAGAAAGAGCUGGACCAAAAAGCCUCGUCAAAUCAAGCUUGAAACUUUAGGUCCCGUUUAGUAUCAUUUUGUUACUGUUGCGAUUGCAGUGGUGUUGUGUAAACAGAUAUACAACCACAACAGGAAAAAAACAGAAAACACAAACCUGUUUAGUUGAUAAAUCUGAAAAAUCAUGAAAGCUGAAAACAAGAAACAAAAACGCGUUUAGUUACUACUAUAAGAACUAAAAACCAGAAAAAAGAGAUAUGUUGAGCGGGCGGCGGCGACAAGGUCGGGCGGCGGCGGCUGGGCAAGCGAGGCUCGCGGCGACGGCUGGGCAGGCGGGGCUCGCGGCAGUGGCUGUUGAGCAGGAGAGGCGCGGAGGCGGAGGGUCGGGAGGGCGGAGGCGGCCGGUCGGGAGGCGCGGAGGCGGAGGUCGAGAGGGCGGAGGCGGCCGGUCGGGAGGCGCGGAGGCGGAGGGUCGGAAGGGCGGAGGCGGCCGGCGUUUAUGGCUGGAGUGGGGAGAAGGCGGCCGGGGUUUAUGGCUGGAGGGGGAGAGCGGCGCCUCGAGUUCGAGAGAAAAUGGAGGGGUUGGGGGCGGCUGAAAGUAAGUAGGGGUUGGGGGUGGUAUGUGUUAAAAAAAAGAUUUUUUUUUUUUUGCUUCUGUGGGGAUUCGAAAACUGGUAUGUUUUAAUGAAAUCAAGCGCCCAACUAGUAGGAAUCCCGUGUGCAACAUGUUUAAGAAUCAUAUCCAAAGCUAUAAAUUGUUGUUUCUCAUAUUUGGGCCUUGUUGUGCAACUCUGAUUCACAACAAAAAAUAAAAACCCAACUAAACACGAAUUUUUUUCUUGGUUUUCCAAAUUUCUUAAAACACAACAGGAAACAAAAACAAGCAACAAUACUAAACGGGCCCUUAGGUGCUAGUAACCUGCAUAAAUCAGGUAACUUAGCGAUGACAAUGGGGCAUGGUCGGGUGGGUAUCUCAAUACCCAUACUCGCCCCACACCAAGCAUGGGUCGAGGCUAGGCGGGUCGACCUACUCUUACAUGUUAUUUGAAAACAAUACACACAAUAGUUUACUUUUUAAGAUAAACGAAAGGAAAACACUUUUUGAAUGAAAAAUAGUAAAAUGAAAUGGGUAAUUGAGUCUAACUAGUUGAAGGAAAGUCAAAAUAUAAUAUAUGGGUGGUUACUCUUUUUUUUACCCAAGGUACGAUAGAACCACCCAUAUAUAUGUUGUGCUCUAGUUUGAACUAAAACCAAAAGGUCUAGUAUAAUAAAAUGACAUAGUAAGUGGAUUGCUUCAUUUUAACCUCCAAAAUUUUACAUCAUUAAUUUUCUUAAAAUAGGCAUGAAAUCUAGAUUCUGAGGCACAAGUGAAAGACAACCUAGAAGCCUUUGAACAACUAAGUAGACAUAAUAUACUAUACAUCCACAUAAGGUUAACACACAACAUUUUGAACGCCAUUGGUACAGUAAGUAUGUAACUGAAAAAGUUGUUUAUUAGAAUCUCAUUAAAUAGAGGUUCAGCUGAAUUUGUAAGAGAAUAUAUGAGAUCAAGGAUGAACAUAGACAUAAUUCAAUUUUGUAUGAAUAGAAAACCCAAUCGUCUCCAAUUUCAACAAUUAAUAUAGCCACUGAGACGUCAGACUUGCUGGACUCAAAGAGUAAAAUGAUUUUCGAUCUAGUUCCAAAGCAUAGAAAGACACUUCUUCCCAAUCAGAACCCCUCUAACCCCUUGAUUUGUUAAUGGGAUGAGGUUUCUCAUCUCCCUAUGAACUUUGAUUAAUUGAAGAUGAUGAUGAACGUAGAUUACAUACCAUAAAUAAACACUUGUAGUGUAAGAGUAAUCAAUCAUGUAUUAAUGAAUAAUGAUUAACUUACGCAGUCAAUAUCCUCCUCUCCGUGGGCGGACAAUAUUCCUCUAACUCCUUCAAUUUCAACAAUCGGAGAUAGGGAACUAUGGUGGCCAUAGCUGGUGCGGUUGCUUCAUGACUAUCAUCGCAAGAUUACCUAAUGGUACUGCGAUUGAUGAAGAAACAUCACAGCUUUCAGUGUUCUAUGUCGUGCUUUCGGCAAUCAGAGUGGAGUAGGUUUGUGGCUGCAGAGACUAAAGGUCAGUAGAUUCGGAUGUAGAGCUUUGGACAGACGGUGAUGGUUGUGGUGGUAGGGUUGGGACAGUAUUUGGGGCCAUUAGCUUUUCUUAAGGAUUUUACUGCCGCGUUCUGCAAACCUUUAGUAAACAACUUCCCUAAAUACUCUUUCGAGAAUUGGCAGGAAAUUUGAAGUAAAGGUGACACUAUUUAUAAGAUAGAUAAAAUUUUAAAUUAAAA